CCGAACGCCAGCCUCCGUUCCUUGUCUGUUCAAUAGUUUUCUAUUCUAGAUAGACUGUCUUGCUCCUCCAUUUGUUUGGAUACUGCCACAGGUACUUUUAUUUUGGAAGACAGCUCUCGAUUUAUACAAUGGUGCUUUCCCGAUCGCUGCUGCUUGCUGCGGCCUCCGCAUUCCUCCUUGGCUCUCCGACGGAGGCCGCAGGCGCGGUGACGGAACUACAGAGCGUGCUGAAGAACACCCACAUGAGCAACGAGUAUGGGUAUCCCACCGAUUUCACCAGAGGGGUCAUGCCUAUCCCAGUCCAUUCACACAAUGACUACUGGAGAGAUAUCCCUUUCUAUUCGGGCCUAUCGCAAGGAUGCAUAUCGACUGAAGCCGAUGUGUGGCUGUAUAAUGGCACCCUCUAUGUCGGCCACGAUGAGUCUUCCCUGACUGAAAAGCGAACACUAGAGUCGCUCUACAUCAACCCUAUUUUGGACGUGCUUCAACGCCAGAAUCCCACGUCUCGAUUUGUGACGUCGCCCACGAAAAACGGUGUCUUCGACACUGACACCUCACAAACGCUUUACUUCUUCAUUGACCUGAAGACCUCCGGACCUGAAACCUUGGAUGCAGUUAUCAAGGCCCUGGAGCCACUCCGUGCUCGUGGCUACUUGACCACUCUAAAAGACAAUACGACUAUCACCGAAGGACCGGUCACGGUGAUAGGCACCGGUAACACGCCGCUGGAUCUGGUCGGACCGGUGGCAAACAGAGACUAUUUCUUCGAUGCACCCCUUGACCAGCUCGGCGAGGGUCAAUUCGCCGAUGUAACCGGUCUAAUUUCCCCAAUUGCGUCCACUAAUUUCGUGGCGGCCGUGGGUCCUCUUUCGCAUGGUGAGUUGGAUGAGACUCAAACCCAGGCCAUCCGCGCGCAAAUCGCAGCCGCGAAGAAGAGAGGAAUUGGAGCGCGAUACUGGGGUACCCCUUACUAUCCGAUCCGUACUCGCAACAAUAUCUGGAGGACUUUGCUCGAGGAGGGUGUUGCGUUGCUGAACGCCGACGAUCUAGAGGCGGUGGCGGGCUACUUCUAAGUCUUCUUGGUAUGUAUAGCUAGGCAAGGAUGGAUAGCUUUUUGGGCGUCUUUCUUGAAAUUUGGGAGUCUCAAUAUUACUUGGAUUUAUCCAGUUCCGUCCGUCUAUGCAUUUGGCGAGAUCUUUUCUGUUCGUGGGAGUUGCCUCCCGCUGUGCAAGGCAAAAUAAGUACUCAUGCAACUCACUUCAC